AUGCGAUACCAACACCCAGACUUGAAUCAAAUCACAGUCUUCUUGGACGACUUUGGUAUGACCAUUGCCAAAAGGAAUGAAGAUGAGGCCUGGUAUCGUGGCUAUGGGGAGGACCAAUAUGUAUACUAUGCUCGCAAGGGGCCAAAGAAAUUCCUUGGAGGAACUUUCACAGUGGAAACUUACCAUGACCUGGAGAAAGCUUCCCAGCUGCCAACAGCCAGCAAGAUACAAGAUCUCUCCUAUGCCCCCGGGGGUGGCUAUAUGGUGUCAUUGACAGACCCGGAAGGAUUCCCGAUUAAUUUGAUUUUCGGGCAAGCCUCUGCUGACAAGGGCAAAUUUCCAGAGAAGCUCACAGUCAACUAUGAGGAAGAGAAACCUCGAAUCCGCAGAUUCCAGAGAUUCCAGCCUGGUCCAGCGGCUGUAUACAAGCUCGGCCACUUUGGAGUCUGUACCCAGAAAUUCGAUGAGAUGGUCAGCUUUUAUACGAGGACAUUCAACAUUGUUCCCACCGAUUUCCUAUACGUCGAAAAGGAUGGCAAGAAAAAGAACGUUGCGUUGUUCGCUCAUAUUGACCGUGGCGAGGAUUAUGUGGACCAUCACAGCUUCUUCAUGAGCACGAAUCCGACGACACACGUUCAUCACUGCUCAUUUGAGGUUCAUGAUUUCGAUACACAGAAGCUGGGCCAUCAGUGGCUGGCGAGUAAGAACUACGAGUCCGUGUGGGGAGUUGGCCGACAUAUUCUCGGCUCCCAAAUCUUUGACUACUGGUGGGAUACGAGCAGGAAUAUGAUUGAACACUAUGCAGAUGGAGACCUCGUUAACAGUAAGACUCCGAUUGGAUACGGUCCUGCUGGGGACGAGUCACUCGCGGUCUGGGGCCCGGAAGUUCCGGCGUGGUUCCUGAAAUGA